CUGUGCUCGCCCAACCCUUCGUCUUCACUCUUCACUACAAUCACUGUUCACUAGUCGAAGUCCAACUCCCAAGCUGCAGUUGCUCCUCCUCCAUCACUUCACUUCACUCUCCUCCCGAUUUUACGAAACCCUAGAAGUGUGGUGCUUAUGCUGUCUGCUUGGCGUGACAUAUGUAACUGACAUCAUGGAUUUCGAUCCAAGAAUCAUAUCUGAUGGACAUGGAUGGCAUUGUAAUUUUCACUUUGGCUAUGGGCAUGAUGUCAUUGAAGAUGCAACAAAUGAGAAAUGUUGUGUGCAAGUGCUACAGUGUCUGAUAGCUAAAGCAGAUGCUGAAAUUCAUGAUCUUGAAGAUGAACUGGCUAUGCUCCAGUGUCAACUGAAGUGGGCUGAAUCAGAUGAGCAGAAGGAUCCCUAUGAAGUCUGCUGUGCCACUUUCCAGCAGAAGAUAGAUUUGUUGACUAAAUCAGUUAACAACGUGAGAAAUAGAAAUAUAUUAAACGAGCAUGACAUCAACACAACAAAAAUCCGAGUGCCAGCUGAGAGAAUCUAUGACAUCAUUAGUGCUUUAAUUGAGCAGAACUUUUCAGCGUCUAAUGAACAGGUGGAAGACAUUUUUGAUGAAAUGAAUUUGCUUGUGUAUUCUGGCUCAGUACACAUCGGGAUGGAGAAAGAAACAACUCUGGAAUCAUUUGCUGAGUCCAAGGAACUGUUGGAAGACAUUGAAAAGCAGAAGGAGCUGUCGGAAGACAUUGAAAAGCAGUACAAGCCUGCAGCCACUGUUUCUGAAGAAUCUUGUUCAGAUACUGCCAGUUAUGUAAUUAAGGGCUCCAUUGAGGCUAGAGAUAUCGGCAAGACUGAUGUUGAAGUGACUGGGAAAAGCAAAGAUGAUGCUUAUGAGUGUACACCCGCAGGAAAAAAUGGAUUCCCAACUUGUGUGCAGGCUUACAAUAACAUUGGAGAUUCAAAUUCAAAUGUUUUGCGGCAUGGAAGUAUUGAGGAAGGCAUGACUGGAUCAAAACAUAGUGGCAGCUCUUCACCCGUGUCUUCUAAGACGGAAUUGAUUGUAAAGAUUGAAGACGAUUAUAUAGACAUGAGCGUUCAUAAUAUUGCUGCUGAUUUCUUAUACGAGUUACAAGAUCAUAAAAGUGAAGAUCCAGUUGAAGGUAAUGAAGUGGCAAAAGAUCAGUCCCAAAGUGUUGUUGACAAUAUGCACUUCACAUGUGAAAGAAAGAAAUCCAGUUUAGGUUCAAUUCUAAAACCCCCAGGGCAGAAAGUACAGAGGAAAGUCAGUUCUAUCAGACACUCUGGCUCGAGCCGGAUGCUAAAGCCACAAAAGAAGAUCGGAAAGAGGCAAAUCGAUGCUGCUAACUUAAGACCAUCAAAUUCACCUUCCCAUCUGAUGGAGGAGAGAUUUUAUUCUCUUCCGGAAAUAGUUCAACAGAUAAAACCAGGAGAGAUAGCUCAUGUAAAUUUACCUCGGCUCUUAGGACCCGAUAUGCAAGAACUGCAAGAAUCGAGCAGAGAUAAUUCUAGUAUUCAGUCCCAAGAAGUGGAAGUUUCAGAGGAAGAUGAUCUCCGUGCAGGGAGGAAUUCGGGUUUGAAGUCGCAGAAGGACCUGGUGAUCGCCCUGAAAUCACCAUUUGGUACAGAAGGAAUAGGUUUACUAAUUGAUUCAAGUCCUGCAAAUGCGCAUAAUGUUGAGAGUAAGAGUACUAUUGCAGAAGAUGUAGAAACGAAAGCGUCGCAUCCCUAUGAUAUUGAAAACUUGAGACUACAAAUUUCUGAAGAUUCUAAUCUCUUGAAUAAUAUGAGAGUGCCAAAACUAAGAGAAAUUUUGAAGUAUUACAAGGUUCGCGGACUUUCUAAACUCAAGAAAGAAAAGAUGAUUGAGGAAUUGAAGAUGCGACUAACAGGCGCAUAGAACUACAAGCAAGGAAUGUACAGAAAAACAAUCAUUUUUUUCUUCUAACCUGCUUUUUGUCUCUGCAGUAUUUUGGUCAUUUUGCCUGGGCUUUGCUGUGGCCUGUGGGAUUAUUUUUAGAGUCCCGAUAAGAAGUUGACCGUAGGUAUACAUUAGACGAUAUACAUCAUACAGGGUUUACAUUCCAGAUUGUUAUCAGGGUAAAAAUAUGUAGGGGUCUUCUUAUGCUGCUGUUUCCUUUUACUGUUCGCCUCAUUCUACAAUGACAGUGAUGAUUCAUGUAAAGAGCAUACAAAUAUAACCGGAAUUUUGUGCAGCAAUUAGCAAAUCAAGAAUGAUGCUACAUUCAAGCUGACUUUUAUCCUGUGCAGUAUCUAUGAUUCAUCAGUCACUAGCUUUUCAUCA